AUGGCUGGUAAUGCAGAGCAUGCAGUGAUAGAAGCUGCAAGGCUCAUUCUUGCUAAUAUGACUCAGGUAGAAGUGAGUACGAAUGAUUUGUUGAAGAAGUUGUUGCUUGACAAUCAACAGCUCAGGACCAAUUUUAGAAAUUUGGAGCACCAAAUAGGACAGCUCGCCAGUGCUCAAAACACUAGACCAGUUGGAGCUCUCCCAAUUAAUAUUGAAGCUAAUCCAAAGGCAUCCCUUAAUGUCGUGUCAUUGAGGAAUGGGAAACAAUUAGAAGAAGUUCAGUCGAAAAAGAGGAAACAAGUGACUUGUAAUGAGAGGCCAGCCACUAUAGAAUCAUCAUUAGAAAAAUCUAAUGAGUCUAAGAAGCCAGUUGGAGAGGCGGUGGUUGAGAAACCCCCACAAUUGGUUGCAAGGCCACCAACUAUGUUCCCUCAAAGGUUGCAUAAAAUAAAGGAUAAUGCCGCAUAUAAAAAGUUUCUUGAUAUUCUGAAGCAAGUGCAAAUUAAUAUUCCAUUGGUUGACAUAUUACAAGAAGUACCCAAAUAUGCAAAGUACAUCAAGGAUAUAGUUGCAAAUAAAAGGAGGCUAACCGAGUUCGAAACUGUGGCACUCACAAAGGAGUGUAGCUCAAGAAUUCAAAAUAAGUUACCUCAGAAAUUAAAGGAUCCAGGUAGUUUCACUGUCCAAAUCUCGAUUGGUAAACAUGCAGUUGGGCGAGCCUUUUGUGAUCUUGGAGCGAGCAUCAAUUUGAUGCCACUAUCUGUGUUCAGACAAUUGAGGUUGGGUGAGCCGCACCCAAUAACAGUUAUCUUACAGUUGGUUGAUCGCUUCCUUGCUCAUCCUGAAGCCACGGGUCGAGCUAUUAUUGAUGUUUGCAAAGGAAAAAUGACGAAGAGAGUAGGUGAUCGAGUGGAGGUAUUCAAUGUUUAUAAAGCACUCAGGUUGCCAGCCCACUAUGAAGAGCUAUCCAUGAUCUCUGUGGUGGAGAGUGAUGCCCCAUCAUUAGUGCCCUAUAUGAACCAUGUAGAUCCUGUUGAACAAGUGUUGAUUGGGGAUGAAGAAGAUAGUGAAGGCGAAAUGAUGGGAGAAAUUGAAAAAUUUGAGGAGUUGGACAGGCUUGUCACUCUGACCCCUCCUAAGCUAUCCAUUGAAGAAGCUCCAAAGUUAGAACUUAAUCCCCUUCCAGCGCACCUGCGCUACGCUUAUUUGGGGAACUCUGGGACAUUUCCCGUGAUUAUCUCGUCUAGCUUGACUAACACUCAAGAAGAAAAAUUGCUCAGAGUACUCCGCGAGCAUAAAAAGUCUAUUGGGUGGACUAUUGCUGACAUCAAGGGAAUUAGUCGAUCGGUUUGCAUACAUAAAAUCUUCUUGGAGGAUGGACACCGCCCUACUGUGGAGCAGCAGAGGAGGUUAAAUACCGUUAUGAAAGAGGUUGUGAAAAAGGAAGUAAUCAAGUUGCUCGAUGCAGGUAUCAUCUUUCCUAUUUCUGACAGCAACUGGGCAGGCAUCGUGUUGGGUCACAAAGUAUCAAGGAGCGGCAUUGAAGUUGAUAAGGAGAAGGUGGAGGCGGUUGAAAAAUUACCUCCACCUAUUUUAGUGAAGGGUGUCUGGAGUUUCUUGGAACACGCUGGAUUCUAUCGGUUGCUUGAAAAAGAUAUAACUUUUAACUUUGAUGACGCCUGCCUCAAGGCAUUCGAAGAACUCAAAAAGAAGUUGAUGUCUGCUCCCAUUAUUGUGGCACCUGAUUGCUCCUUAUCAUUUGAACUUAUAUGUGAUGCGAGUGACCAUGCUAUUGAGGCAGUGCUAGGCCAGAGGAAGGACAAGGUGUUUUAUUCCAUCUACUAUGCGAGUAAGACUCUUGAUGAUGCACAGCUGAACUACACCACCACUAAAAAGGAGUUGUUAGCUGUUGUGUGGGCCUUUGAGAAAUUUCUAGCAUAUUUGGAAUUUGAUGCAAAAAUACGAGAUCGAAAGGGGACAGAAAAUCAAGUAGUUGACUAUCUAUCAAGGCUGGAAAAUCACGACCACGUGGAGGAGAGGGGCCAAAUUAAAGAAGUCUUUCCUGAUGAGCAACUUUUUGCUAUCACCCAAGACCCUCCCCCAUGGUACGCAGACUAUGUGAAUUAUCUUUUGAGUGGGGUACUUCCUCCUGAAAUUGAAUUUGAAGCUAGAAAGAGGUUUCUACUUGAUGUGAACUUCUACUAUUGGGAUGAACCAUAUUUGUACAAGCAAUGUGUUGAUCAGCUGAUGAGGAGGUGCAUUCCAGAAAAUGAGGUAAAAUUAGUGUUGUAUGAUUGUCAUGCAUCACCUUAUGGGGGCCAUCAUGGAGGAGAUAGAACAGCUGCAAAGGUAUUGUAA